GACACAGGAGACGAUCAGGUGAACGUUGCUUUCGAAGAAGGCGCGUGACGGACCAAAGUUUCCGCGUUACGAAGGAUGUCAAAACUUUUGCCAGUGCGCAGUAACUUCUGCAUGCGGUGCGUUGACGGGACUUCCACGGCCGUUAGUGUCUUCGUGCACCAAUAUUCUACAAUGUGACGGACGAGAAAGUGAUCGGAAGAUUAUUCGGCACAUCGAUACGAGUGUUAGACGAGGAUCACAUGUUCUAGGUCCAAACAUGUCUGUCAAACCUGAGCGACUUCCAGCACCCAAUGGCCUCACGGCAAGAGUUGAGGACAGCUCGGUUACUGAAAGUGUUUCAGGCACCUUCACAUCGUGGGCAUCAUUCGAAAGCGAAGCUGCAACAGGUGACCAGGAAGUGAAAAGUGUAGAACACUCCUCCUUCCGUCAAAUGUUCCGGUUCUCCACGAUGAAAGACCGUGUCCUAACAGUUCUUGGAUGUCUGGUUGCCGUCCUGGGAGGAGUGGCGCUGCCUGCAAUCAUAGUACUCAUCGGAGGCGUCGUCAGGCUUCUGGUUGCUUUUCAGACAGUUUCUCCAGAACUGUGCGCCAACAAAACAUCUGCCGUGGUCCCCGCCAGCUAUACGUUUCACAAUGGAACUCUAGUACUCUCCAGGGAAAAGUUCUUGUACCAAAUCCAACUUCUGGCGUUCAACAUAGCCCUAGCGGGACUAGCCAUACUGUUCAGCAACGCUGUGGUUGUCGCAAUGCUCGAGGUUUCUGCGACGAAGCAGUGCUUUCGUGUACGGCAGAACUUGAUGCGCACUGUGCUGCAUCAGGACAUGGAGUGGUUCGACGGGCACCUGGUCGCCAGGGGCUUCGCUAAGAUACUUACACAAGACCUGGAGUUGCUACAUGGAGGCCUCGGAGAGAACCUCGGCCUAUUCUUCCUCUUCGCUUCGACGUCAGUUGCAGCCACAGUUUCAGCCUUCUGGCACGGCUGGGAACUCACACUUGUCUUGCUGGCCCUGGUCCUGCUCCUGGCCAUCAUAAAUACUGCCAUUGGAAAGCUCCAUAGAAGGUGUCAAAUGAAAGAAGCGUGGGCCUUCAGAAAUGCCGACGCAGUGGUGGAAUCAACGCUUCGCUCCAUCAAGACUAUCAUUGCAUACGGUGGUCAACAGAAGGAAGUCAACAGGUACGACGACCGACUGAAAGAAGUGGAAAUGUCUGCAACUCGAAGAGGCAUCGCAGAAGGCGCCACUACGUCACUUAUCUGGGUCUUCAUCUACGCCGGCUACGCUCUGAACUUCUGGUACGGUGUGUGGUUGUUGAUACAGGAUAUGAAGAGGCCUUCAGACGAACGCUCUUAUGACGCAGGAAUCGUUGUAACGGUUUUCUUCAGUGUUCUCGCGGCAGCCCUGAGCCUGAGGCAAGCCUUGUCGUGCUGGGAAAUAUUAGCUACUGCUAAAUGUACAGCGGGACGUGUGUUCAACGUCCUCCAGUUGAAGUCUCAGAUAGACAGCAGUUCGAGUGAAGGACUUAAGCCGGAUAAAAUCGAAGGAUCGAUCCACUUCAAGUCCGUCAACUUCUCCUAUCCUUCACGAUCAACGUCGCACGCCCUCCGAAACUUCUCGUUGAACGUCAGUCCUGGUCAGUGCGUGGCUCUUGUUGGUGAUGCUGGAUGCGGAAAAAGCACAGUUCUCAAUCUUAUAGAGAGAUUCUAUGACGUUACGGAUGGUGAGGUUCUCGUGGACGACAGGGACAUCAAGUGGUACAACGUGGGUUGGCUUCGAGGCCAACUGGGUGUUGUGAGCCAAGAGCCUGUCAUGUUCCACGCAACAGUCGCGGAGAAUAUUCGCUACGGUUUGGCUUCCGCUACACAUGCCGACAUUCAGGAAGCUGCUAUCAUGGCCAACGCUCACGACUUCGUCAUCAAACUACCGAAAAGAUACGACACACUCGUGGGAGGCAGUGGAUGCUCGUUAACCGCAAGUCAAGUUCGCCGUAUUGCCAUCGCUAGGGCUCUGGUGAGAAAUCCGAAGAUCCUGAUUCUGGACGAUCCAGCUGCCUUGACACAUGACGUCGAUAUCGUCCAGGCAGCUUUACUGAAGGCUCGAGAAGGGAGGACGACGGUGAUAACGUCCUCGCGACUGUCUACCGUUCGAAUGGCGAACAAGAUCCUGGUGAUGAAGAAUGGCCGCGUCGUCGACAAGGGGUCACACAAGCAGUUGGUGAAAAAGGGCGGAGGCCCCUAUCUGGAUCUUCUGAGGGCAGAGAAUGCUGAAGACUCUGGUCUUGGUGACGCGGCAUCUCACCCGUCACAACACGCAGACCAUCCUUCUCUGUCAAGGGCCAAAUCAUCGGAAGUUGAACAAAAAGCAGAAGUCAUAAGAGACGAUGACUUUCCGUGGAACGACAUUUUUGUGCUGGCCAAGUGCCAUUGCCCCGUCUUGCUCUUCUGCGGCUGUGUGACUGCUUUACUGAUGUGCUUUCCCGUACCAGCAUAUGCGCUUGUGAUCGGCGAAUUGAUGCAGCGCUUGAGUAUGGGCAGCGAAGGUGCUAUACUACCGGAAGUGUACUAUGGCUGCCUUCUCUUGUUGCUAGUCGGCAUCCUCGCCGGGAUAGGCUCAUUUGUGCAGGCCUCCAUCUUCUCCGCAAUAGGAGCAAAGCUAACCCUUCUACUUCGAAAGCUCGUGUUUGCCGGAGUACUGAGACAGGACGUCUCAUGGAUCGACCAGUUCGAAAGCGGUUCCGACGCGCUGAGCAGGGAUCUUUUUGUUGAAAUUGAUGCCAUACAGAGAGUAGCGUGCUUCCGACUGGCUGUUCUUUGUCAAGCGUUCUCUACCUUGAUCGCUUGUACGGUGCUCUGUUUCUACUGGCCUUGGCAGUUAGGCUUAAUAGUCUUCACCUUCAUCCCUCUCUGCCUGGCGCUGACGUUCAUCGAGAGCAGACUAUCGUUCGGCCCGGCAAUGUCAUCGAGAAAGGCGUUGGAGAAGUCCACAAAGGUAGCGACAGAAGCCAUUCAGAACAUACACACUGUGGCGUCCCUUCACCAAGAAGAAAUAUUUUGCGCCAAUUAUCUCCUUUCAUUAGCAGAGGCACAGAGCCUAGCGAAGCAUAAAGCUCUCCUCCUUGGGAUCACCUACGGAAUGAAUCAGUGCGCUCCGUGCCUGGCGUACUCCAUCUCUUUUUACUAUGGAAGUUUCUUUGUGGCUCAAUGUGACAUUUCCUAUGGGGACCUCAUAAAAAUCGUCGAAGGGGUGUUACUGGGAAUAGCAAUCAUGGGACAGGCUGUCAGAUACACGAAAAACUGCGAAAAAGCAGGGAUGGCCGCAGACGCUAUUUUCAAGCUUCUUGACAGAUGUUCAAAAGCAGACCUCUUGGACAAGCCGGGAACAGUUCUGGAUAGCGUCAAAGGGUCGGUGGCAGUGAAAGAUGUAAGCUUCCGCUACCCAAGUCAGCCAGAAGCAGAAGCUUUGAAGAACGUAAGCUUCGCAGCGGAGCCUGGACAGACGGUCGCUUUGCUAGGUCCCAAACUGUCCGGGAAGACAGCUUGCCUUGAUCUGGUUGAACGGUUCCACGACGUCACAAUCGGAGAAAUACUACUGGACAACGUGCCGACAACGGUUCUCAAUCUAGCGUGGAUGCGGCGACAACUUGGCUACGUGUGCGACCCUCCUCUUCUGAGCGGAUAUACAAUCGCGGAGAACAUCGCAUACGGAGACAAUGACAGACAAGUCUCACGACAGGAAGUCGUGGCCGCUGCCCAGAAAGCUGAAGCGCAUCGGUUCAUUGCUCGAUUGCCACAGGGAUAUGACACACGUAUCACAACAGAGGGGAACUCGUUGAGUCGUAUCCAGAUGAGACGGAUUGCUCUAGCGCGAGCUUUACUCCGGGAUCCAAAAGUCCUUCUGAUAGAUGACACUGUAGCUCACGCCCACCAUGACCACCAUGACCUGGAGCUUGACGAGGAAGCCAUCCAGGAGUCCGUCCCCGACCGAACCUGCAUCGUGGUGGCGAAUAAGGCAUCGGCUGUGAUGGAAGCGGACAAAAUAUUCGUGCUUCGCAGCGGCCGUGUAGUGGAGAGGGGCUGUCACGACGAGCUGAUGCCUCGCAAGGGAGUUUACUACCGCAUGUUCAAGGACGAAGGUGUCGAUGUCCACUUGCCGCCAGAUGAGGCGCCGCCACAAGUGGUUAAGUUCAGCAUUAUUCAAGACGAGAUACCAGACAGUACACCGAGGGCUGACUAGGAAGACUAUAGCCAUAACUUACUACGCAAGAGCAAAGGAUCGCAUCUUGCGUUCGCUAACGUCACGCGCUCACUCAAUUCCUAUUGGACGAAUGCAGUGUACGUGUCGGGAGGACGGUUAUGCGAAGGCGGCAUCAGAGUGCUAGGAGCGAGAUGCUCGCUUCAGCUAUGGACUUUUACUCGCUGACAAGUAUAUUAUUUGCUUGUGUGCACGGGGCCCUAGUAUCUGGAGUUGAACAUUCUUUGCGCCACCGACAGAUGACGCGUUACACAACAGAUUCACGCGGAACACACACGAGUAGUUCUCUGAAGAGACGCUGGGUUGCGACAAGAUUAGAAUGUAUGCCCACUCCGUGUAGAAAAGUGAGAAAUACAACAAAUGAAUAUUUAAUUUUAAAGCAUUUAAUUUGUUUGUCCAUCACUUGAGGCGACUUUCACUUUAAUAGAGCCUUAUAUGGUCAUUAGUUUCAUGUAUCAUUAGGUCAUAGUGCUAUGCGGUCGUGUUUAUGACUUUAUGUUCACCAUUGGGACCAAAGAGCCGAUGCACUAUACCUUUAUUCUGUGUGAUCGACCAAGCGUGUCUCUGGUGAUUUAGUGAACAAAAUAGCGUUUUGCAAGCUCUUCUCUCUUGCAGGUCAUUAUGACAAAAGAAUUUAUUUUCAUGACUUCUGAGCGCACCACGGCGGGCUCUCGUUGCCAGUAGUGCGUGUGCAGCACAGUGUUGCAUUGAAUGACUGUUGUUGUUGCUCACCGCACAUUGUCUUAAAAACACUUGCACACGGCAGGUUUCUGGCUUCGGCGAGGUCCCUCGUGACCCAAAGCUCACAGCCUGCGUUGACAGAAAAUCAAAUGAACGAAAUGACGAAUAUUCUGUAAUUGCCUGCGUGAAAGCACUUUUUGGCUUGCAAAACCGUGCAACAAUUGAGAUGUGCCGUGAACACAAGUGUUUAUGUAUCAAGAAAAGGCAAACCGAUUGUGUCACAUUCAGGGCUGGCGUCAGGGGGGGGGGGGAGUAAGGCCACCGUCUUAGGCCCCGCGCACGAAGCCCUCAACCAGGGAUUACUUUUUUUUAAAGUAUCAAGGAUGCACUUAAUCGUGUGAAACAGGCCCCGCGAUCUGCCUUUGCCUCAGGCCCCGCACACCCCUAGCUACCGGUCCUGGUCACAGUGUUACUUGGAGUGUUUUGUUUACAGCGCUUUACGACGGAAUCUGUUUGUCUUCCCACAUGUACUACACAUUGUUGGAUGGGCAACGGCGGCAGGAUGGAUAUUGUGGCAGCAGGCUAUAUCAUAGCAUGUGCUUGUCGACUAUGCGUGCUGUUCUCACCUUGUAGAGGUCGCGUUGAGACGUUGUAGGGUCGUUUGUCGUCGAUUUCACGAAGGAUGAAACAUUUCCCAUAUUUUGCAAAUACCAGGCGGUAAUUCUGACCAUAUUGUCGGUAUUCUGCAGAGGUGAAUGUAACACAUGUGGUAGAAAAUGUCAUGUUCCCUCUAAUAAAAGCGAUAUAAGAGUCCGGUU